CUACGACGAUGCUCGGCGCCACGCAGAAGACGAAAACGGGACAAGCUUCAGCAAGGACUGGGCCGACUUUCGGGAGGGCUGCAGCGCACGUUGGGAAGUCGUCCUCGGUUUCUGCACGGUCUACAACGCGAUCACAAUAGGCAUGCUUUCCGCACUGCCUGGCAUCGUCGACGUCAGUAUCAUCUGCGGGAUCGUGUGCAUGUUCGCAAGUGUGGUGUGCUUCGCGAUAGCCAUGCUGCUUCGUACGCACUUGAAGAAGCACGAGGAUCCUGCCCGCGGAAAGCGCACCACCGAAUCCCGUUGGACGUCAGUUCCGCUUCUCUUCGCCAUCCCGGAUGCGUGGUUCGUCUGGGCCUCCAUCGCGUUCUUCGCGUUCUUCCUCACGUUCUACUGGGGACGCCUCGCGCACGCACCCGGCGGUGCCUGCGGGGCGCCCAUUCCACAGAUCGCGGUGGGCGCGCGCUUCUACGUUGCUGCCUCCGCCGCGUUCUCUGUGCUCGUCGCGUCGGGCUUCGCGCACGUCGCGUUAGUCAUGUGGGCCUGUCAUCGGCUGGUCGCACGAGACGCGGCUACGCCCGCGGCGAACACGCCAUAGCGAUAGCGCGGUAUAUAUGGUGUGGUGUGUAUUGAACCGCUGGACGGCCGGCAGCAGAUACGGACGCGCUUCGACAUUGACAGUGAUACG